ACAACAAAAAUCAGGAGUUAGAAAAAGAUGCAAACAUAAUGUCCAGCUAGGGCUCUCCCACAAGGUACAUGUUUUAGAGGAUGUAAAAUUCAACAUAACUAACGUGCAAAAGGAGCGCCUCAGAAACCGAGUAACGAAUCGACGAGAGAUUGAAGACUUCUUCGGUACGAGACAAACAGCUAGUGCCAAUGAAAGCGAAAGGAGCGAAGAAUAGAUGCAUUGAAAAGAUCCUGAUUGUGAAUAUGAUUUCCUCCGUCGCGUAAGUUUAACGGUAGGACAGAAAGGAAAGGUCUCGUGCCGAAAGGAGAUUUGUUGAUGUCGUUAAUUUUGUUGCUGUGUUGAGCAGCUUGGCAGAUGUUUUGUUUUGUUAUAUCUUUUUAUAAUGCCUUGGUUUAGUUGCUGACAACCAUAAUAACAACCAGUACUUACUGAACGCUGCAAUGCGUAUGCAUAAAGGAAUAGAGCAACUCUUUCGUUCACCGAUGGAAGAUCAUACUUUUUCUGGCACGUUUAUAUAACAUUUAUUAGAAUUAAGCGCUUAUGUUAUACUUAUAAUACGUAGAUGUAAUUCUUUUCUUAUCCUUUUUUCUGAAUUUGCAAAGAUUCCACCACCGAUGAUGGUAUUGUAAUGCUUUAAUUUGUAGCAGAAUUUUGAACAGUUUCUCUCUGCAUCGAAUCAUUCGAGCUUAUGAAUCUAUCUGGUUUGUAGAAUACUAAUAAUCGUUGACAUUGAAACGGCGUAAAUGUUUCUAAAGCCUAUUUCCACAACCUGUAGAAUCAUGCAAAAAAUGAAAACGAAGCAGUAGAUCAAAACAACUGUUAAGCGUAUAAAAGGAAAAUGUUUCAAACAGCACGACACGAAAACGGGAAUGUAUCUCAAAGCAUGCAGGGACGAAGUAAGCAUGAAUCAAAAAAGGCAAAAUCUUGAGUUGAAGUGUAGUAAAAGCAGGACGUUCUAACGAUUGCAUUAAAAAAAAAUGUUGUUCUCGUUUACUUCUUACCCAACUUUAUAUGUUGUUAUUGGGUUCGGAAACGAGAGCGUACAGUACGCAACCCUACAUAUAUAUAUUAUUCUUAUUACUAUUUUUAUCCAUCAGAACAAACAAAAAUAUAUAAUACAGAGCUUUUUAGAUACAUUUUCAAUUUCCAUACGAUUGAUUAUCUUGUAUUUUGUUUCACCAUCUUUCUGAAAACAAACUGUGCUUGAUAACAAUUCAUACGAAAUAAAACUUGAAGUGAUUAUACUUUUGUGGUGUGAACACUGAUUCGACUCUAGCUGCUGGAACGAAAUAGUUACAGGUUUUAGUGAAACAUGCUAAUUUAGCAUUUAUCUUGUUUUAUUAUUAAAUUUCAUUUUAUAUUUCUUCUGUCCAGAUACUAACACACAUGAAACUUUUGUUAAUUAACCGCAAUAGAAAACAGUCAACAAAGAUAGUUUCCUUAUACUAACUAAAUUUUAAAGAGUUGAACUAUUAUUGAAAGUGCUAUGAAUAUUCCGAAUGUUUUCACUUUACUGCCAUACAGCUUUUUUCAUUGUAAGUAAAAAUAUGCGUUUUUGCCGUUGCUUUAUUAUUCUCCCAUGUUUUAAUCAUUUUUCUAUGGUGAUGUCUAAUGAUAAACUCAAUUAUAAAUCUUCUAUACAGCGAUAGACAUGCCUGUUGAUGCAUUGAUUCAUGAUAGCACCAAAUGAUAACACACGGCGUGCAAUUUUACAAACAAACCGAACUAAAUUAACAUUCUUUACACACGUGUUGACCCACAUUCGACCUACGCGGAUUUCUCCGGAACGCAUCAUUCGCGUAACUCGAGAAAUAACUAUUAAAAUUAAAAUUUUGUAAAUUAAGAUCGAAGUACUUAUUUCGCGUACAGAGAUAAUACGCGAUCACUCUUUUCUAGUACAUGUUUCAUUUCGUUAAUAUAAACUUCAUGUCUCGUAAACAUUGUGACAAUUUUCUUAUCAUUGUCAUUCAAACGAUCGUACGAAAUUCUCUUAUUAGAAUCAUUAGAGGUAUCCAGAUCUGAAAUUGGGUAUGGGGAUUGUCUAUGCAGUUGUAAUGAGAAUGUAAGAAUUAUCAAUUAAUGAUACCAAAUGUUCACUAUAUUUUUUAAACUCUGCUACUUAAACGAGUCUUUUCUGUUUCAUUUUUGUGUAAAUCCAUUGGAGUUGUAGGGGCCCCGAGCAGGUGCAGUAGCGGCCUCCAAAAAUGUCCCCUACCCCCCCGGGGUCAGCACUUUUGAAAACAGUAAAAUCCCCGGUUUUUUGUCAAAAUUCAGUUCAUCGAGAGUGUGACCAUACUUUUUUGGGCCCCAAUUACCAUUCCGCCUAGGGCCUCCGACAAGCUUGAUCCGUCACUGGGUUAAGGUCGUAUCUUUCUGAUCGCUGUUACCCGGUACGGAUAUGCGACUUAGAUUUCGUUCUGGGUUCCGCCGACUAGACUAUCGCCCCUCAAGGAAAGGUUGUUGAACGCCAGGAGAUUGUUCGUAGUGGGUGUAAUAAAUGACCAUGUUGACUCUUCUACGCUACUUUCGGCCAUCAACGUAUACGUGCCUGCCCAUGCUCUUCGGGUGCGAUCCUUGCUAGGGUGGAAAAUUCGUAUAUUUGAGUUUUUGUGUUUGUUUGAUGAAAUGGGAAUUGCGCGUGCUUUACCUCAAUGUAUCAAUAUUACAUUUCAAUUUCUCACUUUUGUAAACCCAUCCAGAGUAACCGUAAAAAAUAUUACACGAAUACGACGAUAGACAAUUGGAAAAUUUUAUAUUUCGUUUAUGUACAAUUGCUAUGUAUUAUGUAUUAUUGCUAUGUAAAUUAUGUAUUAUUGCUUAACAAUUCUUUAGAGAAAAAUAAUAAUAAACAUCCGUUUGGCUUUAAUCCUACAACUCCACUGCUUAACAUAAUCUACACUAAACAGACAGACGGUCGAAUGGGCCCAUUGCUGCAGGGUUCAUGUGUUUAUUAAUUUGUGGUUAGACAUUCGAUUCGGGCUAAUCAGGAACUCAAUAUGGUUUGAUGGUUAUAACAUCAAAGAGACUUUGAAACAAUUCAGUUUGUUUCGUCUCAGAUAAGGAAGUAGAUAUUUAUUGAUAGGGUGAGAUCUUUGUCAUAAGCGGAGUAAAAAUCUGCCAUCUUUUCGAGAGAGCGCUACGAAUUGAAUGUACUUAACAGAGCACAUAUGAGGUUGUAGGAAUGAGGUCCACCAGAGACAUUAGGAUGAUAAAUUGGAAGAUUAGCAAGCCGUUAACCAAAACUCGUUUGCUUUACCUGUUCAACAAGUAAGACAACUUAAGCCGUAUAACUCUACUAAAUAGAUGGAUUUAUUCGUAACAUCAGUUGUAUAUCCAUAGUUUCUGACCUCAACAGUAGUGAAAAGGGAAACGUAGCUUUAAUUCAAUCUUUCUGCUAACAGUAAAUGAUUUUGAUUGUUCUUCUAUUGUUUUUAUUACGUACAUCAAUUAUAACUAAAUUCAGAAUGCUGAUGCCAUAAUACUAAUGUGCUUUUAAUUACUAUACAUAAUUGCUGCACAGUUCAUGUAAAAAAGACGGUUCAAAAACCACACCUGUUUAGUUUAGAUCAGCUCUUGCUAAUGACAAACGGCAUGAAAUUAGGUAGACGAUUGUCCUAGUAUUUUUAAGCUACAAAUCGAUAUCUUUAUUGCAACAAGGUGCGCUUAGUGGUGUCUGUAGAACUUAUCAAAAGUGAUCUAAUAACAAUUGUCACUAAAUCGUUUAAAGUGAAUAUUCAAACAUAUCGCUACCGCCGCUUGACGACCACGACGUACGAACGCGCGGAAUGCGAGGUUCACCGUCCUUUGACCAACAGCGUAAGUGGUGCGGUACCGACUUAACCGAACUAACCGUCACCAAUAAAUUACUAUACCUGAUAAGAUUGUUAUCGGCGUACUUAUUGAGGGGGUGGACACUGCAGCUUAUCCGCGUUCCUUUUCCAAUACAAGCUUAUCAGGAAUUCUUAAUCCAACAUCAUCGACUAACCAGCCUUGGGCAAGAUAAGAUCAAACCCUCGAUCGACUUCUCCUUUCUGACGACAUCGGCACAAACAAUAGCCGAGUGCAGUUCAUACCGGGGGAGUUUCUUUUAAUUGUCGUAAAUUGAUUUUCUCCUUUUUUGCACACGGUGCUACGAGAUUUUUGCCAAUCAGUGCAGCUUGUGAAUGUGGGUACAAUUGUUAAUGGUUUGUACGAUGUGUUGGUUCGACUGGUUUCAGAAUAGGGAAUGUUUAGAUAACACGCACAAAUUUUGGUUAUAGAACUAAAAUCUAUUGUUUACAAAGUUGAACCUUCUUGUGCAGUUUUGUGUAAUAAAAAAAAUGGAAAUGUAAUAGACAGGAAAUAAUUAUCGAUGUUGUGUGUUUUGUGAAACCGUUUGAAUAAUGCAAAAAACGCAUUCAAUAGUGUGAAAGAAGCGGGUGUCCUUUGUGUGUACUUCGAGAAAUGAUCAUCUUGCAGCUGAUCAUAUUUUCUCAUUCGAUGUAGAGAUAGAGGGUGUUGAACAAACACUCGAAAAUUUUACCAUGCAUGGUGUGCAUCUGUUUGCAUUUAAAUCCUUUCUACCUUGGACUGAUGAUGCAACGAAUCGAUUACAGCUGAUUAAAAUAUGACAGUGAUUGCAUCUACUAGUGUGUUAUUGUGCUACUGUGUAUACUACAGCUUAAUCGAUCAAUCGAUCUUUAUUCAUUCUAGUGCAAUAAACAAUCUGAACAAUCGGGUUCAAAGCAACGGAAGAACAAAAAUAAAACCGUAAUGAAACAGGUCAAGAUAAACCGUGUGCAAUAAACAAUAUCUCAUUCAAUAUGAUAUCUUAUACAGAGCAGCGAUGUACUAAAACAAAACAAAUCAAAAAUAUCAAACAUUUAAACGUACACAGAAACACACAGAAAGUUAGCAAUAUCAUCGAUGGAUUACUUUGAAAGAAAAGAUUACGAGUCCGAGGGGGUUGAAAUUGAUAAAUUUAAUCGGUAUUACAGCACCAUAAGUAAUAUACUACGCACAAUCGUACAACAACCACUAGCACACCUACCGUUUCUCUAAUCUGGCAGUUUAUCUUUAUAGUACCCAACACGCUCAACACAAGGCAGUAAAAAGUGUGGCUAAAAAAAACAAUACCUUUGUAACGUAAACUGUUUUGCGACAAGAAAGGGAAAAUCAGAAACAUCCCGAUAAAGGUAACACGGGCUGUGUAAUCUAGGCUCUUUCCAAGCUGCGGCUUCAUCUUGGAAUAAGCAGUGUCAAAAGGUUAGUAGCGUAGUCCUUCGUAGUACAGUGCCACGUACGGGUGGUUAGCGUGUGUGCCGUGGUAACGUUAUUUUCCCUGUCAGUAUAUCGGGUCGUCCGUUACCAUGUGCUGCUGUUCGAAGCGAUAUUCUAACACUGCCAAAAAGCUAUGGGCAUUUGGUGGUGUCGUGGCCAUCUUUGUGGCGGCCGCCUUCUUCGGAUUUGGUCUGCCAGCCAUCAUUGAUGCCGUAGCGCUGACUGAAUUCCGCAUCAAGGAAGGUGCCCGUGUGUACGAGAACUUCUUUGAUGGUGAGGUGCCGAUCUUCUUCGAUAUCUACCUAUUCAAUUGGACCAAUCCGGAGGAGAUCCGGAAUCCGGAUGUGCGUCCAAAUUUUGUGCAGAUGGGACCGUACGUCUUUUCCGAGCGUCAUGAGCGUGGUAUGGUAUCGUUCAAUGCUAACGAUACGAUCACCUUCAACCAGAAACGCAUCUGGCACUAUAUUCCCGAGCUCUCGAACGGCGAUUACCUCAGCGACCGUGUUACCACACUUAAUCCAAUCCUAGCGACUGUCGGCAAAACGCUGGAAGGUGACCCUCUGCUGCCCCUCCUCGAUAAUAUUAUCAUGGGAAACAAUCUUGCCGAAUUUCUUUACGAAGAUGUGCCCGUUCGUGAGAUGCUGUUCGAUGGACAUCCCGACUUAUUGUUAACCACUUUACGAGAUUUGCUCGCCGCAUUACCGCCAGGAACCGUGCCAGACAUUAACCUGCCACCCUGGGAAGGCUUCGGAUGGUUCGUGGAACGCAACGAAAGUCUCACAUAUGACGGGACGUUCCAAAUGGGUACGGGCGUGGAUAAUCGCAUCAACACGGGCGUUAUGCGCCAGUGGAACAACGCUCCCCAAGUGCCUAACUAUCGUGGCAUCUGUGGACAAGUGCGCGGAUCCGCGGGUGAAGUGUGGCCACCGAUGGGACGAAAUUUGGACAGUGACAACAUUCCGCCACUAAACAUCUUCCUGCCUGAUCUGUGCAGUGCGAUCACGCUGCGUCACGAGCGUGAGUUUACUGUGCACGGGCUCGACGGAGAGCUAUGGGUUGGAGAUGCGCGUAACUUUGACAACGGACACACAAUCCCGGAAACGGAAUGCCAGUGUACAUCUCCUGUGGAGCAGUGUCCUUUCUAUCGGCCCGGUGUGCUCGAUGUUUCGGAGUGCAAAUUCGGUGCGCCACUAGUGGUUAGCUAUCCACAUUUUUAUCUCGCACAUCCUAGUUACCGAACUGCCGUUACUGGAAUGAACCCGGACAAAGGCAAACACGAAUUCCGUUUCGCAUUGCACCCAUUCUCAGGAAUUCCCAUGACCGCUAAUGGGCGCAUUCAAUAUAACAUGCAUCUCAGGGAUAAUGGCAUGGUUUUGUUCCGAGACGUACCAGAUAUUGUUAUUCCCGCAUUCUGGAUUGAACAACGUAUGGUUCUUACUGAAGACAUUGCUGAUGAUCUUAAACUUAUCGAAAACCUGCGAUGGGGCUUCAUCUAUACGUCAUUCGCCUUAUGUGGGGUCGGUGCAUUACUUCUCGGUUUAUCGCUUUACGCAGCCUUCUUCGUGUGGAAAGAUUAAGCUUAGACGUUAUAGUUGUAACGACAAACCUGAUUCAGUGAUUCAUUAAGUAUUUGCUAUUAAAAUUAUUGUUAGGAAUUUUCACUAAUAAAACUGGGAUAAAAACGAUAAACCAUUUGCUUAGCAUAA